UCUAUACCAAGCCUUAUUUAAGACAUCUUGUUAAGAGUGACAGUCACGGAAUCGAAUUGUUUUAUUGGAUAAAACAAGUGAGUCCUUUACAAAGUUAUCUUUUUGCUUAAAGCAUAGAAUGAACAACGACGAGAACCAAAACACGCAGACCAAAAACACAGGAUCAGUAAAUCAUUCAGAGAGAAAUGACUAUGGCGGUAAUCUGAUGCCAAAGACGAUUCAUGAACUUCAAGAGAUACAAGCAAGAGGACGCAAGUUGUUGAUCAAAAAGAAAUAUAUCAAAAGAAACAGAAAUGUAUUACCAGAACAGAUCAAAAAGACAGAAGAAGAACUUCGACUAGAAAAGAUACAAAAGCAAAAAGACAUUGAUGAGUAUUCAAGUCAAAUUGUGUAUUCAAAUUACUAUUUUGAUGAUGAGCAUGAAUACAAGCAUGUUGUUUUACCAAAGAACUUGGCUAAUUGGCUACCAAAGCCCCCUAAAUUGCUUGAACCUGCACAGUGGAUAGAAUUGGGCGUAUAUCAAACAUCAGGAUGGGAACAUUAUAUGAUUUAUGCUCCUGAGCCACACGUAUUGUUGUUCAGAAGAGAAAAGAACUAUCUAGCUAAAUAUGGAGACAACAAUCCUCAGGUACCUGAGAGUCUAAAAGAACAACACAUAAGACAAUCUCAAGAAUAUAUUCAAAAACAAAAGCAAAAGUACAAGGAAGCAGAAAGAAAAGCCAAGGUAACAGCAAUAUCAGACAUUCCACCUCAAGAGCAUAUCCCUGCAGCCAACUAUCGACCCAUGACUCGCUCAUCUACUGCAGCUGGUAAACAAUAAACUGUAUUUAUUUUGUAUGUAUGUAUAUAUAUAUAUGUGUGUGUGAGGAGGUAUCGGUAAGCCAUUUUGAAAAGGCAAAUUUAUACAUUCAAGAAAUGGC